CAACAUGUUGCCGGGCAGCAUCCAGAUGUCGGGGGAGACGCUGUCGGGCGCUGAGGUUAAAGGGGUGUGUGAGGGGCUGAUGGGGGGCACCGUGCGCCUGCUGUCCCUAAGGGGGUGCCACCUGUCUGAUAGGGACUUUGCCCGUCUGUGCCAGGGGGUCUCCCAGUCCCCUUCCCUGGUGCAACUCAACCUCAACCUUGGGGUGGUAUCCAGCGCCGCCCGGGUCCAACAGCUGGCACACUCCCUCCAUGCCAACCGCUCGCUGCAGUCCCUCUUCCUCCAUGGCAACCCUCUGACAGACACGGGAUUGGCCCUCCUUAACCCCGCACUGGCCGGGCACCCGUCACUCCUGUCGCUGGACCUGGGGGACUGUUUGCUUGGGGACGAGGGCAUCAGUCUGAUCUGCGGCCUUCUGCCCCCUGAUGGGGCCAAACCAGGGCUACGGGAACUGACCCUCUCGGCUAAUCCGGCUAUCAGCUGCCUGGGCUGGGCCCGUCUGGCUAUUGGCCUGUCUCACAGCUCCCAGGUGCGCACUCUCAACCUGGAUUAUAAUCCGCUGGGGGAUCACAUUGCAUCUAUGUUAGCUGUGUGUGUGGCUUCCAGUCGGACUUUGGAGGUUCUGGAUUUGGAAGGGACAGGACUGACCAAUAAAUCUGCUCAGAUUCUCCUUGACAUGGUGCAGAAUUAUCCGACCCCCCUGAAGUCCCUGGUUCUGUCAGAGAACAACAUCAGUUUGGACCUACAGCAGCAAAUUGCCGACCUGCUCUCUGAGGGGGAGGAAGAGGAGGAGUACGAUGGGCGACUCCCAGAGCAGCCAGUCAGGGAGAAGGGUCUCAAACACUCGCAAGGUUCUGCCCCUCACAGGGUGCUGCUGACCUCAGGCCUAGGAGACAGUCUCCUCACAGAGACAGAGAUGUGAGCGCUGGAACUGACGCACCGUGACGCACGUGGCCCCCAUGUAACCACAGAAGCACCCAGUAGCACAAGUCUGUACCAAGCACAGCCGGGGGGCGGGGCAGCAAGGGGAAGCCACUCCCCCCACUCAUUGCUGAAUGACACAUUUAUAAUUAUUCCCAAAAAUGCACCAAUGGCAGCAUUGCUCCCCCAAAUGGCAACUAGAUUGCACUAAUGAUCCACUGGGGGCACUUAGCAACACCCAGGGGGGGCACUGUGGUACCAACUCACUGAUCCGACCCAAUAGGAGAAAUCUCUGAGGAAGACGAAGGUUCUUUCUGCACUUUUACCAAAGUCUCGUAUCCCAUAUACCCCCCCCCCCGUGGGUCUCCGCAACCCCCACUGAGGGCAAAAGGCAAUGUAUUUAUUACCAGAGAGAGAUAUAAAUGAGAGAUUUUAUUUAACCCACUAAGUGCUCCGUGGCUGUUGGGCCAACCAGCAGAUACAUGUAGUCUAUACAGGGAGGGCAGACACUGCCCCACUCGCUUCCAUGUGUGUAGGGGCGGCAAGGGGGGGGCCCUUGGCACAGAGAGAUGAUUGGGAGAUUCAUUGUUAAAGCACAAGCAUGUCAAUAAAGUUUAUUGCAAACAAA